AUGGCCACUGAGCAAUUUCUCUUGGGUUUAGAUGGCUAUGUCUUGGCACUGAUCAUUUCCGUGACGGCUUGGGCGGUCACAUGCUGCUUUGGGACUUUCACCAACCUCGUCAACAUCCACGCCUUUCUCAAAAUCAAGGUCAAGGACAGUGUAACUCUCACUUUCCUCGUCCUGUCCAUCUCCGAUCUGGGCAUGGUCGUUGUGGGCUUUAUGACGUCAGCAACUCAUGCUAUGGCGGUGAUGGAGAUGAAAAAUCAAGCAUGGUUCCCUAUCGAGCCCUACGGUCUAGCUAUGAUUAGCAAUUUCAUUCGAGAGCAGUUUCUGACCAUUUCGGCGUUGAUAACGACGUAUCAAGCCGUAGCCCGCUGUAUGUGUGUGACGAUCCCGCUUCGGUUCAGAGACGUGUUCACCAUGUCUAGAACCACCGUCAUCCUCUGCGUGUUCGUGUCCGUGAGUUUUCUCCCUUACAUCCCGCUUGUGGUGGGCUUGAGGCUCGUUCAUUUCCGUAUAGGGGAAGGUAACUCCACUCGCCUCACUCGCCACCUCUCCCGCCUCUUCUACAUCAGCUCCGAUGUCCUGGAGAUGCUCAACGACGUUCUGGUGAACCUCAUCUCCGUGGGCCUCGUCAUCAUCUGUCUCUUUGUCAUGCUCCACAAACUGAGACAGGCUGCCAGUUUCCGACGGCUGAGUCAGGCCACCGGAAGAUCUGUGACGGCCAUAGCCGGAAGCAAAGUCCUCUCGUCCAGAGAUAUUCAAGUACUGAAGCAGGUGGCGCUGAUAUCUACUGCUUACGUCAUUUCCAACACCCCCCGGAUGUGCAUCGUCUUCAUGCGCAUGGCAGAACCGGAGUUCUACGUCAACCGAAAGUACAGGAGAGUCUUUCAUGUCUGCGUCUGCGUGAAGAUUGCUCUGGAGCUGAUCUGCGCCUCCACCAACAUAUUUAUUUACUACAGCUACAACUCCAAGUACAGAGAUUUAUUACGCUCACUUUUCUCAUCUUUUCUGUCUCAAAGUAAUACAGAAAAGUCCCAAUGUUCGAGCCGCUCGGGCAAAGGUAAUUCAUUCUAG